AUAGUCGCGGGAGUGCGCGUGGCAAGAUGGCUGCCUCAGCAUGGCGACGGUUGAGUUUUUUCUCCCGGGCCUGUCGCGGCUUCUAGGGCGCACGCGGUUGGCGGCAUGGACUUUCUGCCGCCGAAUCCUCUUCUACCGGGGCUCCUUCUGCUGGGCUUCCUGGGGCCGCUGCGGGGAGACCUGGUAUUCAUCCCUCCCUUCAUCCGAAUGUCCGGCCCUGAGGUCAGUGCGAUCCUGGUCGGAGACACCGAGAAUGUGACCGUGUCCCUGGCCCCGCUGCAAGUCGAGGCAGGUGUACUUCCCGUUCCCACUUGUGGACAGCUGAGCAAUGAGACAGGAGAUUGGAGUGUGACUGUGACCCCCACUGUGGGUGCGUCGGAGGUGACAGUGAGGCUGACGAGGUGGCCGCAACAGUGUGUCUCCAACGCGUCCGAGCCCCUGGCAGAGGCCCCGUGCCUGCUCCGGACUCUGCUGCUCUCGGCUGCGCGCGGCCCCGCCUGUGCCGCGCACCUGCUCAUCCGGGCGGAGCUCUACAGCCUGGCCGCCCCUCCGGGCAGCCGCGCAUCAGAGAACGUGACAGUCAUCCCCGACCAGGUGUAUCAGCCGCUCGGUCCUUGUCCUUGCAACUUGACAGCUGGGGCCUGUGAUGUUCGCUGCUGCUGUGACCAGGACUGCUCUGUGGAUGCAAGGCGGCUGUUCCAAGGUGCCUGUCUCCCGGGCGUGUUUGGGGGUGAGGUCAGCCCUCCCUUUGACCAGCUGUGCACGGCGCAGACCGAAAGCCCCAGGCCCGACUGGUUCCCCCUGCUGUGUGUGCAGUCAUCGCUCGACAACUCGCCCUUCCUCGGCCUCUUCUACCAUGGCGCCGUGUCCCUGAGCCAGCGCCCUGGCUUCGAAGCCUCUCUGCACUCUGUCCCCAGACUCUCUCCACACUCUGGCUACAGACAGGGGGACCCGAUCAGGACCACGGAGAAGGAGGUGUAUUUUACUGUGCCGCAGGUGUCGCUGGCUGGGCAGUGCGUGCUCGAUGCCCCCGUGGCCUUCCUGCAGAGCUUCAGCGCGGAAUGCACCACUCCUCUGGACGCCUACCGAGAGCGGGGUGAUGGGGGCCUCCCCAAGGUCCAGGGCGGCGCUGCCGGAGCCCCGGUUACGCCCCUGGUGACCUACGAGCAAGCAGCCAACCCAGGCAGAUUCCUCCCCGACACAGAAGUGCUUCUGAGCCGCUCCUCGGCCCCCAGAAGGGUGACUGUGGAAGAACAUUACGUUUUCAGGUGGGACAACAAUACAGUCACAGAAAUCAGUGUCAGAAUCGUGCAGGCGGAAAUCAGCGCCCACCAGAAAGGAAUACUGACGCAGAGAUUCACAGUGAAGUUUUUAAACCGGAACAGUGCUAACGAGAAGGAACUCUCUGGAAACCCAGGUUACCAGCUUGGCAAGCCGGUCCGAGCCCUGAAUGCCAACGCCACGAGUAACGCUACCACGCUCUACGUUUGGCAGCCAGCUGGGAGGAGUUUGUGCACCUCUGCAUCUUUCAGGCCUGUUCUAUUUGGAGAGAACGUGCAGUCCGGCUGCCUCUUAGAGAUCGGGAUCAGCGAAAACUGCACUCGUCUCCGGGAGAGCGCAGCCGAGAGGCUGGCUUCUUUAGUACAAGCAACACACGUCGCAGCGCGAGGCAACUCUGACUACAGCGACCUGACCGAAGGCUGGCUGGAGAUCCUGCGCGGAGAUCCCCCCAACACCAGUGUGGACCCGGCUGCCAGCGUCGCCCGUGGCAUCUGCCUGGCCGUUCCUGCCCAGCUGCACAUCCGCAUCCUCUUCUCGGAUGCCGGCGCUGUGGAGGGCAUCGUGCAGCAGGAGAUCCUGGGCAUGGAGACCAGGUUCUUCACUGCAGACUGGCAGUACCAGUGCGGGCUGACAUGCGAGGAUAAGGCUGACCUCUUCCCUGUCAGUGCCUCUGUCCGCUUUAUCAAAGUACCUGCCCAGCUGCCCCGCCCCCGCACAAGAUUCCAGAUCAAUUUCACUGAGUAUGACUGCAACAGAAAUGAUGUAUGUUGGCCACAACUUCUCUAUCCAUGGACCCAUUAUUAUCAAGUGAGACCGCUUAUUAUUGCUUUCAGGGGAACCUUACUCACAGUGUGUGGCCAAGGGUUUGCUGCUGGUAUCGCUCCUCUUGCUGGCCGUGUUCCUCAGCAGUCCCUGGGCAGGGGUGUGCAGGGCCCGGCAUCCAGCUGCGGUCUUCCAUUAGGCCUUCCUUGAGCACCUUUACUCCAGUGACCCCUGUGCCUCUGUCAUACUUUAAUAAAUGAAGUCUUAUUUUCAUAGAAA